AUGGCAGUAGACGAGCCCCUCCUCUACUACAUGUUAAUGAAAAUUGAUAAGGAAUUAACGUUAGCGAACGGAGAAAUGAGAAAUAUCAACAUGACUUACAUGAUGAUGUUGCGGUUAAGACCUUACAGAAUUAUAAAACUGUACAACUGGAAUAAAUGUUUAUAUAAUUUAAAUAAUAGACUUUACUGUAAUGCCGAUAAAAAAUUCAAUGAUUAUAAACUGGCAAAAUUGAAUCGACAGGCAAAAAGAAAUGCUUUUAGAGCGCGACUAGCCCAAAAUAUACGAGCAACAAAAGCAAAAAUGGAAGAAAUAAUUGAAAGAGAAAAUAUUUGGACAAUACCGAAUUUCCUUUGUAUUGGCAGAAUAAUGACAACACCAUAUAUAAGUUAUUUAAUAGUCUACUCACAUAAUUAUCAUGUCGCACUGUGGCUUUUAGGGUUUGCCGGGUUCACUGAUUUAGUUGAUGGCUGGGUGGCUAGGACUUGGAGUUCCCAAGCGUCCAAGCUGGGUAGCUUUUUGGACCCUAUGGCUGAUAAAUUACUAGUUGGAACACUAUUUUUAUCAUUAACAUGGGUUGAAUUAAUUCCUUUACCUUUGACGUGUCUCGUGGUGAUGCGUGAUGUUUUGCUGAUUGGCGCUGCAUCGUAUAUUCGAUAUAGAUCAUUGCCAGCACCAAAAACUUUAGGGAGGUACUUCGACCCUAGUCAUGCAACAGUUCAACUAGCCCCUACAUUUAUAAGCAAAUUAAAUACUGCUGUUCAAUUAUCACUUGUUGGUGGUACUUUAGCAGCACCAGUGUUUCAUUUUAUAGACCAUCCUAUUUUACAAGGAUUAUGUUAUCUUACAGCAAUAACGACAGUAGCUGGUGGUAUUAGUUAUUUAAUGUCUAAAAAUACGUAUAAAUUAUUAUCGAAAAAACCAUUGAAUAAUGGAUCAUCGUCUUCGUAA